AUGAACAAAUAUCUGCAGUGCUUGUCAACUAGAGAGAGCCCAGAUCGAGGCUAUGAUCCCUACAAUCCAGAGCUUCCCAGGCGCUCGCUGGAGACGGAGGAUGUCAGUCUGGCUGACAUUACAGAUGUGACCCCUGGGAUUCUGGAGCUGGAGCUGGUCAACAAGGCCAUUGAGGCAGUCAAAAAUGAAGUGGAGAGAGAGCAGAAGAAGUAUGAGGAGCUGCUGGAAACCACAAAGGAGUUGAGUGCGUCGGAGGGUUCCUCACUCAUUUCCAACUCACCUGUGUCAGCUGCUGGGACACAAAGUGAUUCAUUUACCUCCUUAGAGUAUAUUCCAGGUAGCUACAACUUUAACAAUAACUCAGACUACAACCCCACUCCUCUGACUGCUGUUAGCCACUCAAGUAAAUACACUUUGGAUUCCUCCCACUCCAAAGGGAGCUCACUGGAAUAUGUUCCCAAGGCCAUAGUGCAGAAUAAAAAAUACAGUAGCACAGUCACUAACAAUAAAUAUGUGAUUGAUGACUCUAAGCCUUCUACAGACUUGGAAUACGAUCCCCUUUCCAAUUACUCAGCCAGGCUUUUGAGCAAAGCCAAGGAACCAAAGGGGGCCAAAAGGGGAAGGGUGUCCAGUUAUGAGGAAUCCUACUCUCCAUCACCGAAGAAGCUCUGUGAAGAUCCUGAUGAUGAUGAUGAUGAUGAUGAUGAUGAGGUAUGUGCCAGGUUCUCAUCCUCUGAAGACGAGGCUGAUGUGGAAUACAAAACAGCUUCUGGUAGUUCACCAUCCAAAGCUGGUUCCGAAAGUGAGUCAAACAAUGAGUUACCCAGCAAAGAGCAGAGCAACAAACUGGAUGACUUUGCUUCCAAGAAUAGCAGAGAAGCAGUGCAGUGUGACAGGGAAGAUCUUUCAGGUUCACAGAAGAGUCUUGCCAAAAACUUAUCAGACAAGAACACAAAAUCAAUGAAAUUAUGUUCUGGGAAGAACAACCUGGAAAUUGAACAUAAAAACAAAGACUCGAAAGACAAAACAAAAAGGAAGAAAUCUGAUGUUGGUAAAGGUCUCAGUGAGGUUGGGAAGAAGGAGAAAAGUAAAGAUCCAGAAAAAGACAAAGUGCUCAAGAGAGAAGAAAAAUUCAAACCCAAGAAUGAAGAGAAAAACUGCAAAGAUAAAAACGGCAAAGUGAAAGCAGAUGGGAACUUAAAGAAACCUGAAAAACACAAGGCAGAAAAAGUGGGUGGACUUAGGAAAGAAAAAUCCAAGUCCACCAGCAGCAGUUCAGGGAAAAGCAAGAGUGAGGGUGGCACUAAAGGCUCCAGCACAGAGAAGCUUGGGAGCAGCAAGAAAGACUCUCAGAGCGGAACAGCUGAUGUGAAAAACGGUAAGGAAAGCUCUGGCCGUAGAAACAGAGAGAAAGGGACCAAAACUCCAGCGCUGGAGGGAAAGAAAGAGAAGGUCAGAUCUCCGGGGAAAGGAGAUCCCAAGAAAGGUCGUAAGCAGAGGAGCUUGAGUCACGUUGACCUGUUUGGCGACGAGAGUGGAGAUGAUGACGACCGAGGUCGACCUUUGCCGUCCUCGCUGCUCACCGUGAGCUCGGACUCGGAUGGCGACGGCUGUGGCUCAGCCUCUGAGGGCAAAAGGGAAAGGACGAAGAGAGUGAAGCGCUCAAAAUUAUCCAAGUCACCAUCUUCCUCAACGUCUGAUGACAUCGAUUAUUCCAUCCUUGAGAAAGACGUGGACUUUGAGUCCGAUCCCAUGGAAGAGUGUCUCAGGAUUUUUAAUGAAUCCACAGAUGUGAAAACUGAAGACAAGGGAAGGCUGGGGAAACAGCCAUCCAAAGAGGAAGCAAAUGAAGAAAAGGCAGAAGACAAUUUAACAACCCUGUUUCCUGGCCAGAAAAGAAGGAUCUCUCAUCUUGUCAAACAAGGAAAUGCAGAGGCCCCGAGCAAGCCUGUAGUGCGGCCCUACCGUCCCCCCACAGCCCAGGAGGUGUGUUACCAGAGGAUCCAGCUGGCUCAGCAGCAGGCAGCACAACUGGCUGUGGCUGUUCAGAAGGCCUCUCUGUCUUUGCCAGGAGAAAAGAGGAGGAUUGCUCAUGUGCCAAACGCAGCCCUCACCGCAGCAGCCAAGCAAAGCCUUGGGAGCAGUAAGAAAACUGUUGCUGGCAGGAGUGUCACACCUUCCAAUGAGUCUGAAGCCCCAGCCCUUCCCCUGAAGGCUUGCACCUUGGCUGGGAUGGCUUCAAAGACCACCAGCACCAUCGUGCCCAAAAGGGUAGCACAUGUGCCGUCCUUACAGAGCACCAGCUUACAGAGGCCUGUUAUUCCCGCAGAGUUUGGUGCUAAAGUCCCAACAAACAUUCGUCAAAGAUAUCUCAACCUCUUCAUUGAUGAGUGCCUGAAAUUCUGCUCCUCCUCCCAGGAAGCAUUCGACAAGGCUCUGUCGGAAGAGAAAGUGGCUUAUGAGCGAAGCACCAGUCGCAACAUCUACCUGAACGUGGCCGUGAACACCUUGAAGAAGCUGCGAAGCCUCGUGCCCAACUCCCCCUCCAGCAGCACCAAGACAAGUAACAAGAAGGUGGUGUCCCACGAGGCUGUGCUGGGAGGGAAGCUUGCUGCUAAGACAAGCUUUACUCUGAACCGGUCAGGGAGCCUGAGAGCUGAGGAUUUAACAGGAGCUGCCUUGUACCGGCGCCUCAAGGACUACCUGAUGACUGAGGAGCAGCUCAAGGAGAAUGGGUACCCCAUGGCACACCCCGAGAAGGCUGGUCGUGCUGUCCUCUUCACUGCAGAGGAGAAGAAAGUGCUUGACUCCUCGUGCAGGAUCUGCUGUCGCUGUGGCACUGAGUACAUGGUCUCAGCCUCCGGGAACUGCAUCCGCAAGGAGGAGUGUGUCCAUCACUGGGGGAGGCUGCGCAAGCAGAGAGUGCCAGGUGGAUGGGAAACUCACUACAGCUGCUGCUCUGGGGCUGUGGGUUCACCAGGCUGCCAGGUUGCUAAACAACAUGUCCACGAUGGGCGAAAGGAGAGCCUGGAUGGCUUUGUGAAGACCUUUGAGAAGCUGCCCACAACUGAUGGCUACCCUGGGAUCUAUGCCUUAGACUGUGAAAUGUGCUACACUAAGCAAGGACUGGAGCUGACAAGAGUAACUGUGAUCAACUCAGACCUGAAGGUGGUGUACGACACCUUCGUCAAACCAGAUUCCAAGGUGGUGGACUAUAACACCAGAUUCUCAGGUGUGACAGAGGAGGACCUGGAGAACACGAGCAUCACCCUGCGAGAUGUCCAAGCCGUCCUACUGAACAUGUUCAGUGCAGAUACCAUAUUGAUAGGGCACAGCUUGGAAAGCGACUUAUUUGCACUCAAGCUGAUCCACGGCACCGUGGUGGACACGGCCAUCGUGUUUCCCCACCGGCUGGGUUUGCCCUACAAACGGGCGCUCCGCACGCUGAUGGCUGACUACCUCAAGCGCAUCAUCCAGGACAACGUGGAAGGACACGACUCCAGCGAGGAUGCCAGAGCUUGCAUGGAGCUGAUGGUCUGGAAGAUCAAAGAAGACGCUAAAGUGAAACGAUGACUUGCGCUUCCUCUCUCCUGUUCCUCUUGCACCUCUGUGAAGCAGUGCAAUAAAUUCUCAGAGUACCACUGUC